GUAGAAAUUAAUAACUGCUAUUUAAAAAAAAAAUAAAAAAAAUUUAACAUUGUAAUUUUCAUUUUUCACUGUCAAAGACCUUGAGUGAUUGUUACAUCGUCCAUUAUAAAAAUGUGUAGCCUAUUCACAGAAUAAAAAAAAUAUAUAUAUACAUGUACAUUUCAUCAACAAAAUAUGCAUCAUGCGGCCUAUAGCUUUUUUUUUUUUCCCCCUUUAAUUUUGCCAAACCUCAAGACCAAUGGCUUGUCAUAGCUAAGCUAGCUAUGGAUUCCGCAUAAAAAAAAAUAAACAAAAAAAAAAAAAACAGUCUUGGAGGACAAUAGAGGAUUUAACAGUGUGCUGACACAUUCAUUCAAAGUUUAAGUACCAAGCAAUCAUAAAAAGCCCAUUGUGGAGCAGCCACCUUGUGGUAACACAUAUUAAUAAAGGCUUAUUUAGACCCAUUAGUAAUGCUAAUGAGUGUAUUUAGACUUACUGUCCCCCACACUAUAACGCUCAAAUAUAACUUGUGGUUCCAGGCAGAUUAUUUUAGAGCUUUUUUGGCCAGUGUCUCUUUCCAUAGUAAAGGUUGUUGACUCCUGUCUUAGUAAUAUCAAAGUGUCCUGGUAAGCCAUGCCAGUGAGCCAGCAGUAACAAUACAAGGACACGGGUAUUACAGCUCAUGCAAACUGAAGGCACUCAACUUAAUGUCAUCAAUAACACCUUUGCUUUUCUUGCUACAGUAUGACAGACCUGUGUGAAAAGUCUAUGAUGAGUAGGUGUGUCGACAGUGGGAGAAUCACUGAAUCACUGUGAGGAACACUAGUGGGGAGGAAUGGAUCUGAAAUGUCAGCUAAAGAACAAUGCAGUUUGGCGAGAGUCCGGCAACAAUGUCACCUUGGAAUGUUCCUCCGCAGGAUGUCCCAAAAGCAUCAGAGGAUAUGAUGCGAUGUAUCUUUAUCAAUAUCAAGAUCUGAAGGAGCCACAACAGGUGCUUUACUAUUUCUCCAAUACAGAAUUAAAUGACAGAAAAACCCCAGGACGGAGGUACACUGGCAGGAUUCAGACAGAAGGAUCACUGCAGAGCCACACCAUCACCAUCAGCAGACUGACCGUGGAUGACUCUGGUGUCUACAAAUGUGUCUACACAAAAAUUCCAAGUGAAGUGGAAUGCAACGCCUACACACUUUUUGUGAGAGGAGUGGCACAGUGUUCCAGAUCUGUGGAAGUGCCUUGUGCCCACACUAGUGAGAAAAGUCCACCUCUGGUGUUAAUCAUCAUCGGCGCCUGCACCAUCAGCAUGCUGGUUAUCGUGAUCAACAUCAUACUAAUCAUCCCAAGGGUGAGACGAUGGAAGUGCAGCAAAAGAACAACAGCAGCAAGAGUCCGGCAGGUCUCCAAUGAUAAUGUGUAUGAAAUCAUGAACAAGACUGGCCUCCGCACUGCUCUGGAGGAGUCAUCGCCAGACCUGAGUCAGUUUGCUUAGUAUUACUUAACAUCAAAUAUUAUUGGCUUGGGUAUCUAAGUGGCAGCCGUGAUAAGAGCUUGCUGAAUUCUCUACAUGCAAAGGAAAGAUGCUUUAAUGAUUCCUUUAUCUCCUUUAGCUUAGAGUUCCCUGAACAGGGUCAUUCCUAUCCUCCUAGGGUCUUAUGUUCCCCAGCUCUGUAUAGCACAUAAUGUAAGCUAAAAAAAAAAAGUUCCCCAGCACUGUAUAAGCCUAUAACAUGAGCUUUUGUGUUAGGUUAGAGGAUAAUCAUCAUGACUCUAAGAGCUCUAUCCGGUGAGCUACCGGAGCUCUUUAUUUUGUAUGGAGAACAACUCCCACACAUAUUUCAGCCUUUAAUUUUAGAUAAUAAGAAUAUGUCAACUGAUUAAUUAAUCAAUUAAAAGAGGAAUAAAAAAGAGGAUAAAAAAGGAGAAAAACAUUUAUUAUAUGUUUUUCAAUGGUAGUUCAGUAUUGCAAUUUCCAAACAGGUGAAGAUUAGGAAAACAGUUUAGGGUGAGGUUAGUUUAUUUAUGAAAUAUUAUAUCUUGGUUUAAUCUGACCCGAACAUAAUAGGGGAGUUGAUGUGAGGGUGAGUGUGAGUAACCAUUCUCAGUGUGACAAUUGUUUCAUUUCAUUUUUGUGACUUAUUUCUUUUUUAUUUCAAUUCCAGCAUCGGUAAUGAAGUCAUAUUUUUCACUGGGUUUACCACAUUCACAUAGCCUGUGUGAAACAAGGUAACAGCUGGAAAUAUCUAAUAUGUACUUUCAGUAGCCUAUCUGCGGAACACUGUAGUUUCACAACAGCGGACCUACAUCAGUAACAUCUGCCUAGUGUACAGUCGGAUUCUCUGAGCAUCGCAGCUGUCUUUUCCUAAGCCCUUUUAAAUUCUCCUUCACAUCUUUCCUUGAUGUCAUGAUGUUUUCCAUUUAACAUAAAGAACAGUGUUUAGGAAAAGACACAGGGCGUCAGGCUUGGUUUACUUUACUUAUGAUUUCAAUCACCCAUGAGACAAAAUGUAAAAGACAUGUUUAACAGCUAAACAUGGAUUAUUAAAUCUCUUUAAAGCAUUUCAUUGUUGUGAAAGUGUCACCAAACUCAAAUUGUUCUUCAUAUUAUUAGUAUUGAUUGUCAGUACUUGAACUUUAAUAUUUGUGUGCUUUUUUGGUUGUAUUUGACUGCUUCAUCACAUGUUAAUAAAAUGAAUGCUUUAAUAAUGUUUGAUAA